UUUUUUAUUUUUAGCUCCAGUGACCUAGUUUUUCAUCCGAGAUGACCCAUGUUCGAACUCAUCCGAGCUAUCAAUGAGAUAAGCAUCCUGAUGAUUGAGGCAAAAAUGUGACCAGUGGAGUGUUAACAAGGAAUGGAGCUAGAGUUACAUAAAAAAAUGAAUGUCUGUUGUAAUAAGAAAAGCACAGCAGGGUGUCAAUGUCCAGAUUCUACUACCUAUGACAGAACUUGAGUCACAUUUGUGUGAAAUGUGCAGAAGAUUCCCGAAGGAUCCUGUUCAAACACUUACUGGACACAGAUUCUGCAAGGACUGUUUCACUCUUUAUAGUUGGGAAGGGACAGCUUGCAAAGCCUGUGUGCUAGAGAAUAUUACAGGAGAUGACGACUGCUUACGUAAUGGAGUCUUUAAUCCCGACAAUGGCUCCAAACGCGAUGUAGACAAGAUGCAAGCAAGGUGCCUCACCUGUCAUCUAGUAACAUCAAUGAAAAACAUGGAGACUCACCAUUGCAUUAUCUGAUUGAGGCUGCUCUUAAAAAGGAGUUAAAUAUGUGUGUAGUUAUGUUUGUUUCAAAUGAAGAGGAAAAAACCGCUAAUUGCCACAUAUAUAUUAACGCUUUGUGUAUUCAUUUAGAUAGUUGUGUUCAUUUUUUUGUUAGAUAAAUAGUCAGCUUCUGUAAGUGUUCAUAAAGGGACCCCAGGGAGGUUUUACCAUGUGACAGGACUUGAUUUUUUUUUAGAUUAAUGUGACAUUAGAUGCAAGUCUAUUCCAGUAACUUGUGUGCAAAAUUUCAGAUCAGACACACAAUCUUUUUCCUUGAUAACUAUUUUUAUAGAGUACAAUGACCCCAUAUUGCAAACCUUUUAAAUGUUUUUUCAAUCUAAUUGGACUAAGAAUUCCGAAUUAAAUUAAAUUUAAUUCAAAGUAUAUUUCUUCAAUAUCUUCUGCAUAUCUUUCCAUUUUAAGUGUCCCAGUUGAUAUGUGUGAGAAAUUAAAGUUACAUGUUUUUUAAACUUUUAGAUCUCAGUGGAGUUCCUUUAAAUAGUUAUUUUUUAUGAAAUAGCUAGGUUAUUUAUAUUUGUAUUCAAUGCUAGAAAGACUGGAAAUUGUGGUAAAGAGGCGGUGAAAGUUUACAGUGCAUUAUUUAGUGUUAAAUAUUUCUACAUGUAGUUUCCUGUUAAAGAAGUUGUAUAUGUUAUGUUUCAAAAUCUCUAUCAUUUAGUAUAUCCAUGUUAUAUAACUAUUAUGUUUUCUGUUUAUUAUAUUUUACAAAUGAAAAUUUGAGAAAUAUUCAUGAAAUAAAAUGCAUUUUAAUUUUCUUUAAUUUAUUUUUUCACUGCAGUGAUUUCACUGGUAUCUUGCCAGAGUUCUUGUCAAUGUGAAUUGUAUGAAUUGUCUGUUGUAAUUCUCUCUAUGUUAUUUGUUGUAUUAUUCCAGAAAUAAUAUAUCCCAAACAGUGAUUUUAUUGCUCAAUUAUAUCACUGUUUGGAGUUCGGAUAUGAGGAAUUAUAUCACGAGGGCGUAUAGCCUGAGUGAUAUAAUGAGGCGCAUCCGAACAACAAACAUUGAUGUUAUCCAGCGAUAAAAUCACCGAUUUGGAUAUAUUAUUUCAAUUCUAACACAACAUCAACAAAUAAAUGCUGCCGUAGCUGAUAUAAAGCAAAAUUUCGCCUGAUUCGUUUCCGUACUUAUUUUCAGCACAUAAGAUUUUUUACUGGUUAUGUCACAUGUAUUAUGAUUAUGUCACAUAUCUAAAUACAUGUAUAGAACGUCAACAGUGAUUUUAUUGCAUAAUAACACACACUUUCUGUUCUUCUAUAUUCAAUAGGGAAAAAUGCGGGUCGUGUUAGAAUGUUUUGUUUGCUAUAGGGGUUGAAUAAAUAGAAAACCAGUGUUUAAUUUCAACAAACCCUGCCACUACACAAAUUUAUAUUACUCAAUUUCAAUGUAUUUAGUCAUGUAAAAAUUUGUUGUCAUAUACUAAAUUUUUUUUAUUAAACUUGUUCAAGAAAAUGUAAUAAAGUUUGUCAUAGAACUCAUAAGAUUUUAUGCUGUAUAUCAGUUAAUGGGAUGUUAUAUGUAGCAUCUUUAACAAAAAUAUUACUAAAUUAAACCAAAUCCAAAAUGUAAACUAAUUUUUGUUUCUAUUAUCAACAAAUAAAUAACAGUUAGUUUUACUUUUGAACUUAGUGCUGCGGAUCUAACACUUUCUUGGUAAAAUCUUAUCGGGUGCCUCUCCCUGCAUUAGUUAAAGAGAAAAUUGACACACAUUAUUUCAGGCACAAACAGACACCUUAAUAGAAUCACAGACCUUCUGUAAGAUUGUUUGAAAGCUUUCUCACAUGAAAGAAUCCAAAACCAUCACUAAUGUAUACAUUCAUGUCAAUUUUGAUAAAAAUUUACAUGGAGUUCUAUAUUUGUACCUUAUUUCUUUAUUCUGCAAUAUUAUUUAUUUGUAUUUUAACAUGAUCAGAUGAACAAAUUCUAGAGAAAAAGACAGUUUGGCACUCUUACUAUAUUGUCAAAGGGAAAUCUUUAUGGUAACACUGUUUGAAGGAGUGGCUAUGGUGUAUGUUCAUUCUAACUGCUGACUGAUUAUAAGAUUAACCAUUUUUCCGUUUCAUUGAUAAGCGGCGUCUGCUUAUU